CCAUUUGUUCUGUUGCCUGUGAGCUUCAGAUUGGUUUGGAGGCUGGAACAGACUUGCGUAAAUCAUUGAGCAACCUCCUUCCCUGCGAAACCCUGAGCUCUCUCCCUCUCUCUGUAUAUAAUAGUGUUUCAGUCUCCUGUCUCUACUUCUGUUUGGCGGUUCAGGGUAAUGAAGAUAACAUGCAUCUAAUAACCCAAAGCUGUGUCCUUUUUUUGUGGAUGCACUCGCUGACCUUCGUGAAAGGUGAAGAGUGUACACUCCAACAGUUUUUAAAUAGCCCCCAGUAUAAUCAACAUUUUGACACAAGUGGUCUGGCAGCCACAUACAGUGGUGGAAAACAAGUCAGAGUGGGCUGCAAUGUUGGCUUCAGUGGCUUUUUCAAACUGAUCUGUGUCGAGGGAAAAUGGGACACCAAAGGCACAAUAUGUACACUAAAACCAUGUGGUCAUCCCGGUGAUUCCCAGAAUGCAGAUUUUCAACUGGAAAAGGGAGAGGAUUUUGUCUUUGGGUCACAGGUGAAAUACACCUGUCACAAAGGUUAUCAAAUGGUCAGUCGCACAAACUACCGGCGUUGCAUGGCUGAGGGCUGGGAUGGUAAUAUUCCUGUAUGUGAAGCACAACAGUGUCCAAUAAUCAACGUGGACAAGCAUGUCCAAGUGAAUGGGGACAUUGAGGAAGCAACCUUUGGCAAUGUAGUUCGAUUCAGCUGCAAGUCCAGCUCUAAAAUGCUGUUUGGGUCAGCCGAGAUGUAUUGUGAUGAAAAUGGAGAGUGGGUGGGCAAAUCUCCAACAUGCAAAGAGAUAAUAUGUACAGCACCCGAGAUUGAAAAUGGUGAAGUGCUUGAAGAAAUCCAAGAGUACAAAGAACAUCAAGUCCUGGAGUUUCAGUGUAAUCCCUCAUUUAUACCUGCUGAUGCCAGAUCUCCAAAAUGCACAAAGCAUGGAGUAAGAGCAGAAUGGAGCCCCACACCUCUGUGUGAACCAAUAACAUGUAAACUACAACUGCCAGGGCUGAAAGGAACCAGCUAUGAACCUGCUGAAAGAAACAGGUUUCUAGUUGGCGAACAAGUGACAGUAAAUUGUGGAAACAACCACUGGAUUUUUAGUCAUCAACAGGUCUCAGUAGUAACUACAUGCAAAGAGGACGGAGAGUGGACUAUCACACCUGAAUGCCAAGAGGUUACGUGCAGCAAACGAGGAGUCCCACAUGUGUCUUGGGACAGUCGUUGGCAGCUAACAUUGAAAUCGGGUGAGAUGACACGUUAUGGGUGCGCGAGAGGCUACAGGAGGAAAUAUGACAGGAACGACAUGGCCACAUGCACCCGAGAUGGAUGGCACCCAAAUCCACUUUGUCAAGUGAUGACAUGCCCUCAGCCGGGUUACCCGAAUGCAGGCAUUGUUGGAAUCGACCUGGAAGAAUAUGAAUACAGGGACAAAGUCAGGUUUAUUUGCAACAACGGUUACGAGGGAGAAUUCACUGUAACCUGUGGGGUUAACGGUUGGAUCAGAGGUUUGCAAUGUACAGAAAGACGGUGCGAGAAACCUCACAUCGACGAUGCAAACUUUAUCGGCGAUGUAAGUGAAAGUUACAGGCAAAAUGAUCACAUCCAGUAUACGUGCAAGAACAACGUUGACAUAAUUGUUACUCUUACCUGUGAAGAAAAUGGUUGGAAUGAGACUCCGAGCUGUUCAGCAUGUUCAAACGUUAAUGUCCCAAAUGGAUUUGUAGUGCCAUACAACGACACCCUGUACUACACCUGUGAAGAAGGAUAUAAGCUUCCAACCAAAGGCUGGUGGGCUGAGGCCAAGUGCAAUGACAGUGUGUCGUCCGAACUUAAAUCAUGCAUCGAGAAUACAACGUGUGGAGAUAUUCCUGUUAUUCCUAAUGGGAACGUGACAGUUGCAGUCACAGGGGAAAGUGCCCAGGUUAAUUGUAAAGAAGGAUACAGCACUGACAUGUCGCAGUUUAGUUGUCGUGAUGGAAAAUGGAAUUCAAAUGGAGUAUCACUGAAAAGAAUCUGUACACCUAUUGCCAAUCUCUGCAAUCCUCCACCUAAAGUACAGAAUGCAGUUCUCAUGACUCCAUAUCAGAAAAAAUUCUUAUCUGAUUCCAAAGUUACUUAUAAGUGCCGUAAAAGCUAUACAGCGAAUGGAAAACCCACGAUUCGAUGCAAAAAUGGACAAUGGGGGGAAACGCACAUGAUGUGCACACCUCCCGCUCAACAACGGUGAUGCAGUGAUUUUGUUGGUGGUCCAAAGAAAUGCUAAUAAAAUGGACCCCCCAAAAAUAAUCUAUGGUCUUUUUGGCAUCUGUUCAUCAGUAAGGAAGUGAUUUUAAAGUGUGCAUUACUCAUACUCAUAUAUCAUCUUAAUACAUAAUGCAUGUAUUAUUAUAUACACUUGUUGGAAAUUGAAUGACUGAAUCAAUCAUGUAUGUAUUAAACAAUUUUUAUACAUUUGCCAUAUUGAUUAAAAAAUAAAAUAAAUUACAAUUGCCUUA